AUGUCAUAUCGAUCUGAUUAUACACGAGAUCGUCGCAAUGCUCUAACAGAUACUUCAUUAGUAUCUGUCAGAGGUAAUAGAUUUUGUCAAACACAAAAUUAUCAUCAAUUAGCUGAACGUAUUCGUGAACUUGAAAAAGAAAUUGUACCUGAUCUUCGUUUUACUCAUGUAUCAUCAGCGUAUUCACCGUAUUCAGCUCUAACACCAUGUUCAUAUAUUAGUAGUGGUUGUAUGUCAAAUUAUUCUCGUCCACAUAAUUUAAUCUCACCAAAUUCAUUUAUACCACAACAACGAUUUGAUUUAUCUUCAAGAGUUCUUGAACGUGCUCAUCAUAUACCUGAACGUUUUUGGACUGAUUGGCAACAAAAACGAAUGCAACAUCGAAUAGAUGAACUGGAAUCUAUAAAAAGAAAUUUAACAAAUACAAAUGAAAAUAAUUCAGCAACAAUAAAUCGUCGAAAAAGUUUAUUAUUACUUCAUGACAUGCAAUCUCAUAUUAAUUCAUCUGACUCUAUGGCUUUUACCACACCAAUAUCAUCAAGUAUUGAUAAUGAAACAUCUUCAUCAAGUUCUGAUGAUUAUAAUCUCUUUAAUUUCAAGCAACGAUCAAUAGAUAAUAAUACAUCUGAGCCAAUAACUCCUAUAUCACCUCUUGGAAAAUCUCUAUCAAAACUUGAUCGUUCUAAUUUAACUAUAUUUUUACCAUUUUCUAAUACAAAUUUACUACCAAAACAAACAAUAUCUACUCAAACGUAUCAUCA